AUGGGACCAUAAUAUUUAGACCAUUAUGGAGAAAUUAAUUUCAAGAAUGGAACAACUGGAGAUACGGGAACUCUAAAAUUAAUAGAGGGAUCUUCUGAUGCAUCAUUUCAAUUAAAAGGAUUUGUUAAAGACAAAUAAGAAACAUAAUAUUGUAUCAUUUAAAGUAAAUGGAAUUCAGAAAUCAGCAUUACAGUCACCGAAUGA